GAUCACGUGACUUCCCGUCAUCCCACACGGACAAGAAGGACAAGAUGGCGACGAUGCUGACAAACGUACUCCGGACGGCUGUCCGUUCCCGCCUGCAGGUUACCCCCGCCAGGCCGGCUUCUGGGGCUGCGCCUGCCGGAGGAGAGCACUCAGGUGGCAUGGACCUGUGGAAGAAGAUGUCUGUGUUGGUGGCCCUGCCAGCCCUGGUUAUCUGUAUGCUGAACGCCUACCUGAAGGAAAAGGAACAUCACGAGCAUCCUCGGCCAGAGUUCCUCCCAUACAACCACCUGCGAAUCAGAAGCAAGCCGUUUCCGUGGGGCGACGGUGUGAAAUCACUGUUCCACAACCCUCACAACAAUGCACUGCCGGACGUCGGCUAUGAGGACGAGCACUGAGUAUCUGCUGUCAGUUAACCCUCUGCAUUCCCAUGGGGAGAUGGUCAGCAUUCUGCCUUCCACAACCCACAUGUCAACGCCCUCCCCGACGGCUAUGAAGAUGCAGAGGAAUAGAGACAGCAGCCUCAGUUAUCAACCAAGAGUUUAACAGAUUACACAACUCCAUGUCCUAAAUCUCAAAGUUAUCUGGAAGCAAUUUAUGUAUCAGUAGAAAAUCUAUGGUGUGGUCUGAAUCAAGUAGAUUCCACCUUUCUGUCUGCUGCCUUUCAGUGGUGUGUUUUCUUUGAGACCCAUGUGUGCUAAUGUAAAAUAAAGUUGCAAACCAUCCCAA